UCAACCAUCUCAUUUAAAAGUAGUGCGAGUGAAUAUGUAGGAGCGGUGAAGCAGCCUCGUCGCUGAAGGAGGCGUCCUCUCUACCGGAACUCCAGUCGGACAUCACGCCUCCUGGCAGAUUUCGUGUUGUGAUACAAACACAUCGUCGUCGCAGCCCAAAAAAAUGGUGAAGCAGUAGCAUGACACACGUUUUUGAGAAUGGCAGAUAAAAAGGGAAAAACUGUGAUCAAAACAAGGAAAGAGCAAGAAAAGAUUAAGAAAAAGGAGGAAGAAAAAGCAGCCGAGGUUUUUGAGGAGUUCUUGGCCUCGUUUGAGACGAACCAGAAAAGCGGAGUAAAGACUUUUGUCCGCGGUGGUAUCGUGAAUGCAACUAAAGAGGAGGAAGCAGCAGAGGUCAAGAAAAAUAAGCUGUAUCGACCUCCGACAAAGUUUGUCCCUGGGUCCCAGAAUGUCUCCCCAGUAUCAUCCUCUGAAAGCAGAAAGGCUACAUUUAAAAGAAGGACAGAUGAAAAGAAGAAGAGUAAUCUCGAACUUUUCAAAGAGGAACUUAAGCUAAUACAAGAAGAACGUGAGGAAAGGCAUAAAAGGAAGACAAAUGACCCUGGCACAGGAGGAGGAGGUGUUGGAGGUGGAGGAGGAGCAUAUGGCGAUCUGGAUAUACCAUUAUCAGGUCGAUCAACUUUAUAUGAUGACCUGACUGUGCCAACCACCACUAACCUCUACAUCAGCUGCAUUAGCCCAAAGAUGAAUGAGGAGUUGCUGUGCAAAGAGUUUGGUAAGUAUGGUCCCCUAGCCAGUGUGAAGAUAAUGUGGCCCCGCACUGAUGAGGAGCGCAACAGGACCUCCAACAGAGCCUUUGUAGCGUUCAUGACACGGAAAGAUGCAGAGCGAGCCCUGGCUUCACUUGAUGGUAAAACGAUUAUGGGUUUUGAAAUGAAGCUGGGGUGGGGAAAACCAGCUCGCAUUCCACCUCAGCCUCUCUACACACCGGUGGGGGUGAGGGCCACGCCGCCUCCCCCUUCCGGUCUGCCUUUCAAUGCCCAGCCGAGGGGUCGCUUCCGCAAUGACUUCACUAAGCCACUGGGCGUGUCCAAAGGGGAGCUUGACAAGACUCUGUCCGAAGCCGUAGUCAAAGUGGUUAUCCCAACCGAAAGGAAUCUAUUAUUACUUAUUCACAGGAUGAUAGAGUUUGUGGUGCGUGAAGGACCUGUCUUUGAAGCCAUAAUAAUGAACAAGGAGAAAAACAAUACAGAGUACAAGUUCCUUUUUGACAACAAAAGCCAAGAUCAUGUGUACUACCGCUGGAAGCUGUUCUCCAUUCUCCAGGGUGAGUCCCCGACAGAGUGGAGAACCACAGAUUUCCGUUUGUUUCGAGGAGGCUCCUUGUGGAGGCCCCCUGUCCUAAACAACUACUCUCAGGAGGAAGAGGGGACAGAAGCGGAGGAGGAAGCUUCUCCUGAGGAGGAGGUGAAGAAAGGGCAGCUCAGAAAUGAGCACAGGCUGAGACUGGAGAUGUUGCUUAAAGAGCUCACUCCAAGUCGAGAAGAUAUAGCCAGCGCCAUGCUGUUCUCUCUUGAGCGGGCAGAUGCAGCAGAGGAAGUAGUGGGACUCAUCGCUGAAUCUUUUGCUUUGCUUCAGACGCCCCUUCAGAAGAAGAUUGCCAGAUUGUAUCUCGUGUCAGACAUCUUACAUAACUCGUGUGCCAAAGUCGCUGGUGCAUCAUAUUAUAGGAAAUAUUUUGAAACAAACCUAACCCAGAUAUUUGCAGACCUUAAUGCAGCACACAGAAAUAUACAAGCCAGGCUGCAGGCUGAGCAGUUUAAGCAAAAGGUCAUGAGUUGUUUUAGAGCAUGGGAAGACUGGGCCAUAUACCCCGAGCCUUAUCUCAUCCACCUUCAAAACAUCUUUCUGGGUUUUGCCAAAGCUGUGGAAGAGCUGCCGGAGACAGUAGAGAAAUCAUCCUUUGAGCUGGAUGGUGCGCCCAUGGACAACGCACCACUAGAUGGGUUACCAUUGGACCGAGCUCCUGUGGACGACCUGGACGGCUGCCCCAUGGGCUGGGACCCUCUGGAUGGAGUCCCUGCCGAUGACUUAGAUGGCGUUCCUUUAGGAGCCGUUGUGGAUGACAUCGAUGGAAUGCCCUUGGAUGAAGGCAACGCUCCCCUCUCCAUAGUGCCUUUGUCUAAGUGGGAGAAGACGAGUGAUACCGGGACUUUUUCUGACGCAAAGGCCAAGUCUAAGUGGGACACCGUGGCGGAGCAAGACGGUGAAGAUGAAGUGAAUGUCAGCGUCAAGUCGCAGGACGUGGAGGAGGAUUCAGAGAGUGACAGCACUGAUGAAGACUCCGGCAGUUCAUCAAAAUAUGAAAGUGCAGACUUCCAGAGCUCCCUCCGAAGUUUUCAGAUGUCUGAGAGCAAACGUAAGAGGUUGAGAGAGCUGGAGGUGAAGGUUGUGAAGUUCCAAGAUGAGCUGGAAUCUGGCAAGAGGCAGAGAAAGUCUGGAAUGAACAUACUACAACAAGUGGAGCACUACAGAAACAAACUGCUGCAGAAGGAGUUUGAGAAAGAUGAAGAAAAGACAGAGAGAUCAUCGUCGAAGUCCAAAGACAGGUCAAAAGAGGACAGAAGGGACAAAGACCGGAGCAAAAGAAGUGAAGAUGGAGACAGAAAACAAGGACGGAGUCGAGAUCCUGAUGACAAGCCUCAUAAAUCGAGGAGUAUCUCUCCUCUAAGGAAUAGGUCUCCUAAACGAUCCAAACGUUCCCGAUCACCGUCUCCUGUCCGAAAGGCAGGAAAGUCCAGAUCACGGUCACCUCAUCGCUCCCACAAGAAGACGAAGAAGAGCAAACAUUGACUCUCAGCUCGGGACCUUGACCUCCAUUCGCUUGCUUGUGUCCAUGGGUUGGACGCUGCCCCCUCGCAGCGCUCCUUAAACAGACGGACACUUCAGUACGCUGAAUCCUGACUUACACUAUCCAUGCAAGAUUCAGCGACCUUUUUGUAUCAGUUUGAACACUGUAACUAAUUAAAUAUAUUUUGUUUUAAUGUUUGUUUUUAAAAUGUCAACAAGAAAUAUCGCUGCAAAGAUCCGACACGAAAAUAAAUCACCUUCGGUGAUGAACAGUGUGUGUGUCUGGAGGAAAUGAUUGAUAGGGCCAGGUAUCAAAUUAGUGCUCUACUGAAUUGAUUUUCAAGGUUACACCAAAAGCUUAACCAGCAGUUUGUGUGGAUUUUUAUUGAGGAAAUUAAGAGAGCAUCAUUUGGUUGUUUACAAAAGCAGUAAGUAAGCAAUGUUACAUAGUAAAUUUACAGUACUAUUUUAUAUAAUGAAAUGUGCUUUCAUUGGUCAAAGAAAUGUAUCAAAAGUAUUUCAGAACCAGUACUCGCUGAAAAAAACCUAUGAUACCCAGCCCUGAUCAGUUGGAACCGUGUACAGAUGUCCUGUAUCAAAUACUGUAUUUACUGUGAUCCGCUGAAAUGUUUCUUACUUGAGGACAGCUUCAAUUUUGAAAAGCGAUCUAGAUUUCUUAGGCACAAAUAGUUUGUAAAUGACAUUUCAAACCACUUUGCUCUCAAGACAAAUGGUUACAUCUGUUAACACAAAGACGCAUUAAAAUUUGAGACGGACAUUAGGACAGUGUCUUGCAAUUGUUAGGAGUUAAUUUCUCUGAAAUGUGGAAGCAAAAACAGACUAGUAAGGUGGCCAUACUAUUGAAAAUAGCUUUCUAGCUACACUUAGUCUCCAUACAGCUAUAACCUUACACAUCUGAACAGGUUUCGUUUCAGCUCAAACCACACAGACAGUUGGCAUUCAGGCCGAGUCUCCUUUUUCUUAAUGCCAAAACCAUUCACAGUUGCUUGGUAUUAAAAAAUAAAAAACAGAAAUGUGACAGGGAAACACAA